AUGGCCAUUUUACGCGCGCCUAUCACAUCCUGGCCCGGCAAGAAAGUCUGCUGUGUGGCUCGUGACGCUAAACUGGUGCCGCUGUCCGAAGAUCGAGCCCCUGUUGGUGGUGGUACAUGGUGUGCGAGGGGAACACCAGUGGGAACGCCAGAAUGGUGGUGGAGUUUGUACUUGUACUAUGGGAUGUACCUACUCGCCUGUGUCGGUAUCCCUGAGUUGUGCAGAGCCGCAACAUGCUACCGUUACUAUGGGAAGCCGCACGUACCGCCUCCCAUGCGCAUUACCACCUACCCCAAGACAUGCGAAAAUGGGACGGCAACCCAUCGUCUACGUGACAGCCAAAAGCGAUACAAUCGUGAAACGAGUGGAGACGAUUUGGACAUGAUUCUCUCCACGCCAAGCAACAUUACGCGGCCGUCCAUACACGCUCGGCGCUUGUUUCCCCUUCUAGGCCUGAGGCCAAUUAGACAGCCACAACUGAUACCAAAAUCCUCUCCUCCCUGCCCGCUCUCUAUCAUGCCAAGCUUCUUCGCCGGAUACCCGUCUUUGCAUCGAGGGAACUUGCCUGUAUCCUGGCGACCAGCACUCAACCUCCUCCUUGCUCCACUACAUCUUGUGCGCGCAACCGUCACCAGACUUUCGCCAUCGUCAGAAGCCCAGUCCAGCCCUGGCAGCAUGGCAAGCAACAACCGCCAAAAUGUCACAUGGGUCGAGGGUGUGCGAGGCGUAGCCUCAUUCUGGGUUGUCGUCACACAUCUCUGUCGAGCGUGGGACUACAGUCUAUGGUCGCCCCGCGAUGACGAGAAUGCCGCGCCUCAACUUCUCCAAUUACCGUUUCUACGACUGCCAUGGCAAGGCCGAAUUGGCGUCACCAUGUUCGCCUUCCUCACUGGCUAUGUGUGUGCCAUCAAACCUCUUCGACAGGCCAAGUCUGGCAAUAUUCCAGGCGCGCUCGAGACUCUGGGCAAAUCGGCUUUCCGUCGACCCCCCCGCCUGAUCUUACCGGCAACGAUUGCCAUGUGUAUUGCCUGGAUCUUCGCUCAGCUGGGUGCCUACGAAAUCUCACAUCUGAGUGACUCUCGCUGGCUUCGCCGCUCAGUUCCUACCGACAUUGGAGGUCUCGACACGGAAAUUCCACGCUUGUUCAAGAACUUCCAGAACGCCUGGUCUGGCGCUAACAACGUGUACGACGAUCACCAGUGGGCACUGCUCCCCUUGCUGCAGGGCGCUUUUCUCAUUUAUGUCCUCUUGUUCGCUACGGUCUUUAUGAAAUUCCACAUGCGCGUGUUCACCUGCGCUGUGCUCUACGUCUGGUACUGGAUGAGAAAUAGUCCCGAGAUUGGUAUGCAUCUGCGCUUCCAGUGGUACAUUCGUUUACUGACUUCACUUGUAGAAACUUUCCAGUGUCAAUUUCUUUAUGGUGUAAUCCUUUGCGAUAUCGGCUCCGAGAAGACUUUCCGAGACUUCAUCAACAACCGACCGAAAGUCCGUCGCCUGGCUACAGUGUUCCUCAUCGGCCUGGGCUGGUAUGUCGCAUGCUACCCCGGAGAACACUGGGAAUGGGCAACCUGGUCUGUCCAGCUAAAGAAUAUUGGUGACUGGAUCAUGCCAGAGGGAGCAGAAAAUAGCUAUCCGAAGCGUUUCACCGCCAUUGGCUGGGAUCUCAUGGUCACUGGAAUCUGGCUCUCUCCUACCCUUCAGAGCAUAUUUUCCAACAAACUUUUCAUGUGGGUUGGCCGCAACAGUUUUGCAGUCUACCUCACCCACGGAGCGGUCAUGAAAGUCGGCCUUGUACGACUCAUUUACGGAUGGAGCACGACACCUUACUAUGUCGAACAGCUUGAAGGCGGCGAGCCUAUUCACCACUACAUUCCCCGGUCAACAAAUUGGCUUGUAUGGGCUCUUGCUAUCCCCACCUUCUUUGUUGUCGAAUACACAGUUGCGCACCUAUGGACCACCUACGUCGACUCGCAAUGCGCAAAAGCCACGAAAUGGCUGGAAGAGGCCAUGUUCGAGAAGAACGAGGACGAAAAGCUCGGUGUGGCAGUUCCUGCCAGAUCUAGCCACGUUGCAUUCCGUGCUGGCACAUUAUUCUUCCAUUGCAGAUUUACGAUUCCCUUUGUCGCCUUUUUCGCUUCAGCUUCGCGGAUACCAACAACCUCGUCUGGCAUUUCAGGGCGUUUAUUCGAUAUUUUCUUUUUCCUUGAGAACAUUAAAUACACAGUACAUACACACGUGCAGCAUUUUUAG